CACCGAACGCUGCUUGGCCCGCAUUUAAGCGCAGCAGAUGUCGCCUUGUUUACUGCCGCGGGCUCAGGCGGCGUCGUGCAACGCGAGCGGACGUCCCAGGCCGCGUUCGAACGACGAUUCGGGGUCGGUCGAUCGCGUUGCGAACGCGCGCAAUGCACCGGCUCGCUUCUGCAAUAUGGUUGAGAGACCGAAAAACCUCUCGUAGUACGAAGUUGUUUCCUUCGCCCGCGUCGACGUGCUCCACUUAACUUUUUUUUUUUUCUACUUUGUUUUGUCUUUCAUUCUUCGCGUUCGACCCGCUGUAGCAGGGGCCGCUUGUCGCCAAGGCGGGCACGGAGUCAAAACUGACCCCCUCCCUCCCACCUCCCCGGGUCCGUCAGCAGCUUCCGCGCUGCCCGUGGUCAGAAUCCCGGAAAUUCGAAGGGUCCGCGAUUUUAGGAGCGCGAUCGUUAGGCGCGAGAGCUCUCGGGAUGCAAAGACGGAGCAACGUGCUCGCUAACGCAAGAAUCAAGAAAAUAAUGCAGAAAGACGAAGAAGUUGGCAAAGUUGCCGCACCAGUACCUGUUAUCAUCUCACGAGCCCUUGAGCUUUUUGUAGAGUCCCUUGUAAAGCGUGCCAGUGAAAUCACAAGGUCAAGAAGUGCCAAGACGCUCUCCACGUCUCAUUUGAAGGCGUGCAUCCUGGCGGACGAGCGUCUGCUCUUCCUGAAGGAGUUGGUCUCCACAGUGCCCGACGUCCAAGGCGACGAAGAGCCCUACGAGGUACCUGUGCGGCCGAAACUUACGGGUGUCCGAAAGCUGCGGGCCAAGAAUGGAAGCAGCGAUGUGCCGGGACCCAGCCACUCCACCGCGGAGGAGACGGACAGUGCCGAAGACGAGGAGGACGACUACUUGGAAGAGGAGACAGACGACGGGAGCAGUGAAAACACAGCCGAGGCUCUGUGUCCGCCAGUCUAUCAGGGCGUUCGGAGUGCUCCUUACGGCCACCCCCCAACAUUUCCACCUGCCAUCCAACACCUACCCCAGUUUCCAGCAAACUUCAUGGCCAGUGCAGCAGCAAACAUCAUGGCCAGUUCAGCGGCGAACAUCAUGGCCAGCUCAGCAGCAAACAUCAUGGCCAGUUCAGCAGCAGCGAAGCCAGACGACGACUAUGAUUCUUGAGGACUUUACAGAACUGCAACAUACACACACACACACACACAUAAAAAAAAAAGAGCGGAUGUGAUAUGCAACCAACCUCAUUCACAAGGCUUGAGAUGACUGAAGUGCUUCGUGUGGCUUUCGACGCUCGAGUCACCAGCUGAUAAGAUUGACUAGAAUGAUAAGUGGAGUGAUGAAGUACAUGUUCGCAUUUUUCACAGUGGGGUGUGGAGCAACCUACUUGUUCAUUACCUAGAAAUCGAGGUCUGGGUGUUUGUGCUUUCAUUGCCAAUCCAAGGAUGGAGACAAAAAGCAAGCCAAGCCAAGGCACACAGAAAACUGGAACAGCUUGCGAGGGAGCAUCCAAUGCUUUUGGCGUAUAAUUUGCACCAAUUUGUGAAAAUCCUGUCAGAAGCUCAGAGUGACACGAAUGAAGCUUAGAGUGACACCAGUGCGACCCUGGUGCAGCACUAGAGUGGUCACUUGCUUAGCAGCAAGGCAAAUACAAGUGCUUGGCGACAAAGCCUGGAUUGUUCAAAAGCAUCAGCAUUUCACCAGCCCUGUCUUACAAAUGGGACUCUGCGCCGAAACUGUGCGAAGCCUUCAGAUGCACCUACAGAGCAUGCCAUACGCUCCGCAUAAAGCAUACCCUCACUGUACCCGGCCCCCAUUUUCCCUAUCUCCCUUUCACAUCGCCCUUCCAAGAGUGUUCAUUCAUUUGUGUCACCCACGUCAUCGUUGUCACGUCGUGAUGUCCCAGAAGAUGCACGUCUGCGUCUGCCACUGAAGCAUCCCUCGAGGUUGUGUUGUACAUAGGCGGCCCUUUCCUUCCACGUUGUCCGUCAAGGUGUGACGUAGUAACUUAAGUUGAACAUAAAAUGUUUGCUAAUAAAAUUGAUUUUUUUAUACUUGUG